UUUGCUACAACAGUAGGUCCAACAUAGUGGCUCAUACAUAAAUUCCAAAGAUUUCCCUUUUAUUUUAUUCUUUGUUUUUCUUUUGGUUAAAUGAAUUCCGAAGAUGAAUUACAAAACCGAGAUCAACAUAAUGUUUGAUUCUGUACACUACAUAUCAAAGAUGCAAAGACACCAUUGUUUCCUUAGUGGAAAAAGACAUUGCUGUCUCCGAUCGAAUGCACCUCUACAAGGUACGCAUGACGACAACUCGUGUCGAGUUGUAAAUAAGCUGAUCUUCAGUCAUUGAGCUGAAGACCUGUUACAAAACAAACUUCAGGCUGUUCCACUACUCAUCCUGCAGGCCACACCUGUCACAAAAGAAUUCACUAUCCUGAGAGGAUUUUGUUUUGUGUAGGCAUGUGUUACUCAUUUUGAACCGUUCAUGUCUUAUGUAGUGUCAUAAACAAGCUGUGAUUGAAUCAAACCCAAAAGCGCACUGAUCAUACACUUUGAAGUGAGGGCAUGCUUGGCUUUGCUAAAAGAAGUAUUUGUUUUCUAUAAUUUUGAUUCUGAAAAUUAUUUUUUAAGCCCUAAGUGUGUUUGGCUAGCCACUAUAAGGGCCAACAGAAUUGAUUCUCAAGAAACAAUUCUCUGGGAUUGUUUCUUUGGAAUUUUUUACAUGAAAAAGUGUACCUUGAUAAACAUCCAUAAGUAAAACAAUUCCCCACUAAGUUUCAAUUCAUGAGCGUUGAAUCCAAUGGUUUCCCAUGAUGUGGCCCACUUAACUCUUGGAUCUACCUCAUUUUUGAAACAUACACUAACAUGAUAUUCAAAAAUAGAUGGAUGGAGUGGAUCAUCACGGUGGACCCCAUGGCCCUGCAAGGCCGGGUUAUAAGAAAGCCUUGUUGGUAUGCCUUAUCUAUAUAUGGGAUUCGUGCAUAGUGCAAAAUCUGGUGACAAACUCUUGAGCUAGUCCUUUUUACAAACGCCAACUAAUCAAAAGCACUAGGGCAAAAGAUCAAUGCUGUUGAAAAAUUUCUUUUGAUUUCAGCAUCAUUGCUAUUUCUUUUGAUUUGUUGUUUGUUUGUGUUGAACAACGUCAUCCAAUAAAUAAUCUUUUGUUUUUAAUGAAACAUUUCUUACUAGUGAUUAGUUCAUAUUCUAAUAUUUGACCAACAAAUAGCAAUUGGACAAUUCACCUUUUUGGACUGUAUGUAUGUUUUGACUGUAUUUGUGGACUGUGUCCCAAGUACAUCUUUUAUAGCUUACUUGAUUACUUGUUUCUACAGACUGGACAUGAUAGAUGUAAUGCAGGUUUUGGAGAAAAUAGGAGAGCAAACUUGGAAGAUCUAGGCAUUUUUACAAGAAGAGAGGUGAGAUGCAACCGAAGGUUAAGAGGAUCCAAUAGUUUGUUAUUUUGAGAGGCAAGCAGACUGAUGAAGAGAUCCAAUGCUGAGAAAUUUACAGGUAUGGAAGAUGAUGGAAUUGAAAGGUUUGUUGAGUUGAAUGAUGAUGCAGAUUUCGGAUCGAAGCAAAGCCCUUCUUCCUUUAUUAACCAGAUCCAACAGGAAAAUGAAAAGAAUGAAUCAAAUCUUAGGGUGCACCACAGUGAAGAGCAACAUGUCCAGCUACAAGCUGAAAAUGAAUUGAGGGAGGAGUUCAUGAUCCUUCCCGUAGGAGCUUCCUCUUUCAAGGAGGCAAUGAAGAUGGGUGUGGAAGUAUAUCAUCAUUUGAAGGUCCACAAUAAUGCUCUUUUCUUCUUAUUCCUUGUCCAUGUUUACUGCUCAGAGCAUAAUCUGCUCUUUUGCUUAUUCUAUUUGCAUCAUGUCCUGAUAACAUGAUAUGAUGCAGGCUGUGAUAAAGAAGAAAUAUGGUCAAGAUGCAAACAAUGUCGGUGAUGAAGGCAGCUUUGCUCCUAACAUCCAAACGUAAUUGAAUUCAUGUUGUAUCGGUUUCAGUUUGUGAUAAAGAAGAGGUUUGUUUUCUUCUUUUUUCUGCAACUCUAAUGGCCAGAAGUUACAGUGUGAUGACACGUAAUUGAAUUCGUGUUGAAUCGGUUUCAGUUUGGGACUUCC